AUGAGUAAUUUAGACAUUGUUCCUCGGGAUGCACAUGAUCCUGGAUAUACAUCGCUUGCAUACAAAGCGGAUGGAAGCGAAUUUGUCUCGGUUGGAUCAGACAGCACAAUUCGUAUCUUCAAGACAUCUCCAGAAGAACGUUAUGGUGACCCAAUUGAGAUCAAUUAUAUCUCAGGCAACCUUGAGACAGUAGUAGCCAACAAAGACCAUUUUGCUGCAUCUGGAGAGAAGGGUCAAGUUAUCUUGGGAGAUGCGAAAACCAAUAAGAUCCUGAAACCACUUUUCCGUAGCACCGUACCGGUUAGAUGUCUUGCCUUUAAUGUCAGUGGAACUAAGCUGGCUGUGGCAACAGAUGAAAAUGCUAUUCGGAUGGUUCUUUUGACAGAUAUCUCCCGCACUGUUAAUAUUCGUGGUCAUACCAAAGGUGUUAAAUGUAUAAUAUUUGAUCCCAGAGGCACUUUAUUGUUGUCUCUAGGAUGCGAAGGUGAUUUGCGUGUUUGGGAUAUAAGUCCAGAAACAUCAGAACCAAAAUGUAUUAAGCAUUAUCCUGGUGCUGUGAAGCCAACUCAUGAAGAUGACACUAUGAACGGUAUCCUUGCAUGGAGUCUGGAUGGCUCUUACUUUGCUGCUCCUGGAAAAGACUGCGAUGUAAUUAUCUAUGAGCGAACUACUUGGAAACAAAAGGGUGUUUUAUCAGGUGCUCAUGUCGAGCCUGUUACAUGCCUUACAUGGUCCAAAGUUGGGGACUGUAUUGCCACUAGCUCUGCCGAUUGUCAGAUUAUUAUUUGGGACGUUAGCACACUAAAGGUCAUCACAAAAUACACGGUAUCAAUGGAGCCGUCCUGUUUGGAAUGGAGCCCUACUAAAAACGAAUUGAGUUUGGCAGAUAAAUACGGCCAAGUUUUGACAGUGGAUAAUGCUGGUACCGUCAACCCCAACAUACGUGGACCUCCCAAGAAAAACGACGAUGAUGGAGCGGGAUACACAGAACAUAAUGCUGAAAAAGAAAUGGUUCAAAAGAAACUAGAGCCAUUAAGAAAACGACCCGAAGCUCCAAGAGCUCCUCGUGUUGAUUUCACGCCCCAUCCAAUCGUACAUCCUGGAGAAACACCAUUCCAUAAAACUAGUGGUAAUAAGGACAAUGUACCAGAAGUUGGCGAUAGGCGCUAUCUGGCGUUCGACAUGUUUGGUGUUAUAUAUACUAUUUUCCAUGGCGCAUAUUCGAUUGUAAAUGUAGAGUUCCAUGAUUUGACUGAUCACAAGAACUUUCAUUUCCGCGACUUUGACCAUCACCAUAUUGCAGCCUUGGGUAGAAAGGGAGCUGCUUUUGGCUCCAAAAGCCGCAAAGAUGAAAAAGAAGACGAUGAUGAUGAGGAGGAUAAUGAUGAAGAGAAGAGGGUACCUUCGACAGUUCAUUAUAGACCUUUAGAUAAAGGUGCCAACAGACUAGAGUGGACAGUCCCUCUUCCGGAUGGAGAAGAAAUAGAGACUGUGGCAAUCAACGAUUUCUCUGUGAUUGCAACCACUACCGCUGGAUUUGUCCGUAUCUUUUCGCUUUCUGGUACUCAAACUCAUUUGUUCCACCUUAAGCAAGUUGUGUCUUCAGUAGCCUCUGCUGAUAUGCUAAUGUUAAUGCACUCACCUAACCAAAGCGCAAACAAUAUUCAUCAUAUCGAAUAUCGUCUUAUGAACACUGAUACCUUUGAGACAAUUCAAGUUGGUUCUUUACCUCUUAAUUCAAAAAAGAAAUUGACUUGGGCCGGAUUCUCUGAGAACUUGCAACCAGCAGUAUGCGACUCUGCUGGUGUCGUGUUUAUACUCCAUCAACCUAGACGCUUGGGUCAAGCUCUUUGGGUGCCUGUAUUUGAUGGUCCUGCAACUGCAGUCAGGCGUGAACGAACAGAAAGAUACUGGCCUAUUGGAUUGCUGAAAGAAGAGUUGAUGUGUUUGAUACUUAGGGGCAAGAAUAUGUUUCCUUAUUUCCCUCGUCCUCAGGUCAAUAGUGCUGAACUCAUGAUGCCAACUACUCAGCUGGAUACAGAGACUGGCCGAUUGGAAGAAAAGUUCUUGCGUACUAAGAUAAUCGCAACUCAUGAGAAAGAAGAAAUCAUACUGGAUGGUGGUGAUGAAAACGCUAUCAAGAAGAUGGAUCUUGAGAUGGAUAAAACAUUGCUCCAAUUAAUUCAAUUGGCAUGUAAGGCAGAGAAACAUGACAGAGUCCUGGAUCUUUCGUCUGCUCUUAGCUCAGCACGAUCAAUUGAUGCUGCGAUUAAGAUCGCUUCUCAUUUCAACCUUUCUCGUUUGGCAGAACACAUUACACGAAUUAAAGAGUCCAAGUUUAUGGACGAUAGUAUGUUUGAUGGAUUUUCAAUGCAAGCCCACCAUGGAACCCAGUCAUUUUCUACUAAGCGUUCCUCUAGAGAUGUAGAUGAUGACAUGCACUCUUCUAGCUCCCAAGCUUUCCAUAAACGAACCCGGCCAAUGUAA